UUAUUGACAAGCCACACCCAUUUACAUGUGAGUAAUAAAAUGGCGUCUUUCAUAGAACUGGCGGGCUCCUCUUUCUCAAAUCACGAGUUUCAAUGGAGGGACCUUCAGAUACAGCGAGCGCCGAGGUCACAUACAGGGACUGGCGGGGGAGGGGAGGCCAGGAGAAGUGGUCCAUCUGGAGGAGCCUUUCACUACAAAGAUGAUGGGACUAUGGCCACUAGAAACAGAUCCAUUGCCUGGAGACUAUUAGAGAAAUCAAUUGAACUGAUCGAGAUAUCGUUGGAUAUGAAUUUGACUGGUAACGCUCUGAGACUCCACCUCCCUCCAUCCAGCUGUCCAGGGACUUCACUAUCGAUCAAUGAAUUAGCAAAUAACAUCAUAAUCCUAUUCAGUGACACUAGCACUGUCUAUAGACUGAUACUGCCUCAUCCUGUUGAAAUAUUUAAAAAUCCGAAGCUGUUAUCAGUUGGUAAGGGACUCCCCCCUUCAGUUCUCCUCUUUGCUGAUCAGAUGAGUUUCCAUGGCAACAAUUCUGUACCGAUACUCUCCGGAUCCUAUACUUUCCAUUCCUCCUUAUCCUGUUCCUGGGUCAACAAUGUGGGCGUGGCUUCGUUUGUGUUAGGCUCCUCCCACUCGAGAGCGUUACAAUGCAUUCAAUUACCAGCACCUGGAACAGGUAAGAAUGUUGAUAUUGGUAUACCAUUGAGGUUUCAAUUGGAUCAAAGUAACGUAAUGAAUAAAUUGUGGAAUAUCAUACCAACCAGCUUAAAGGGUUCCGGUGAUAUUGAGCAGACCCCCGUGGCCAUUGAAUCACACCUGUUUGGUGGAGAGAUGAUAAUAAUCUCUGUUUAUAAUAAUCUGUCAUUGAAACUAUGGUCAAUACAGGAGAAGUAUUGUGUUUUGGAGCAUAGCUUGAAUGACUAUUUUGAAAAUGAGGAGAGAUCAGUUAAUGAAGUUUUAUUAAAGAAAUCUCAUGAAUAUUCAAAUGAGUCUCUGAGAUUUGCCGUCUGCCCCAAUCUAUACAUGAAAUCUAAAAUACUAGUAUUUGAUUUAUUAUUAAUUGAAAGUCAAUUAAUAUUGCAAGAAUAUUGGAGCCACACGCUCGUACAGGUGGAGCCGUUAAUUGACGUGUCAUUAAUUAAUGAGUACAUGUUUGUAUUAACUAGUAAAGAAGGAGGAGGAGGUGCUAAUCAUAUUUAUUAUACAUCAUUUGCUUCUAACACGGAUUGUAACAAUGAUGUCAUUAUGAUGUCACUCCCUUCUAAUGAUGCUACUUUACCAGGUCAUAAAACCAUAGCUGAAGGUUAUCUUGAUGUUAUGUUCACUCCUGGUCACAUAUCCACUGAAUCCAUUGCUAAAGGAUUAACACUUUGUGGCUGUAAAGUGUCUAAAGACGUUAGUUUGAAGCAACAAGUCAUUAAUCAGAUGGAGAGAGAAAUCAAGUCUGUAGUUGGUUUAGGCUCUUUGUCAGAGUUGGAAUAUAAUAAUAUUAUCAGUAAAGUUUGGACUAAAUUCUACCAUCAUAUAAUACAAUAUGAACAGCUAGUUCAAUGUGGUGUUAGUAUAACAAUAGAUUCUUCUCGUGGUGCUGUUACUUUAGUGAAAAAUGGAACAAUUUCAUUCCUAUAUUCUCAUUCCCAUACUCCUAGUUUCAUUCUCAGUGCUCCUCAUUCUCAUUUGUUGGAAUGCAACGAUGACAUCAUCACUCUUGAUCUUUCCAUGCUGCUCCACUGUAUCUCAUUAGUUCAUUAUCAGAUACCCGAGGAAGUCUUUCAAUCUUUUGUGAGGGAUUUACGUUACCAUGGCGACCCGCAUGAUUUAGCAAAACAAAUUGUGGACGCACUAACAAAACAGAGUGCUGUUUCUGAUGUAGAGUUUUUGUUAUCACUGCGUCAGAUAUUCGGCUCAAUAUCAGACGUGUCCUCACUAUUGGCCCAAAUACAGGAAUUAUUGACGAUAUUUAACGAGGAGGCAGAGCAAGGGGAGGAGCCUGAGGACCCCCUGAGUAUUGAUGGUGCUAAUACUAGCUCUUAUUUUAUUAAACUGAUCAGCAGCGGAGUCAGGGAACUCUCCUACAGGAGGAUCAGAUCUUUGUUCGAUCUUUUAUUAUUUUUUGAAUUAUUUGAGCAAUCGGCUUUAGUUGAUAUUGAUGUGGGUAUCGUUAUUGAUGAAUUAAUUAAACUCAUUAAUAUUCAUCAUGUCAUUUAUUGGCUGGCGACAACUGAGGCCACACCCGUCGAUGGACUAAUGUCAAUGAAUAUUAAUGAUUUCAGUGUCAGUAAAGCUAAUAAUGUAAAGCUGGACUGUGACCUGUUGGAGCUUUAUCUCUCGUCAUCUCCAAAUGUUAUAUCCGCCAUUUUGAAUGAUAUUGAAGACCACACCCACUGGAAGCAUAUGCUACCAUCAUUACUAGAGAGUUUGAUCAAGAAAAUUUGGCCUGAAAGCAGCUGCAUUCUGUUAUAUGAGUGCUUAUUAAAUAAUUGCCAAUACAGCUCAGUUGAAGACCUGAAUACAUAUUGUACAGAUUACAAUACUAACAAAUAUGGCGUACUAUUCCUAAGAGGUUGCUCAUUAGUCCUCAAUGGCUCUGUUGACAAAGGAGUUGAGUAUUUAACUGAGGCUUAUGAUGGAUACUAUACUGAUGGGUACUUGAUUAGACUCUUCACGAGGGAAGAGGAACAUGAAAAUGGAGAGAUUUAUUGGCUCAAGCUGUUGAGGUUUUUGGAAGGAGUUGAUAGCUCUGCUGGCGUGAUACAAUUAUUAACUGACGGACUAACUGUUUUAAGAACUAAAAGUAACAUCACAGCGACACUGUGGUCUAAUUUAUUUAAGCACUCGUUGCUGAUGAAGGAUUAUGAUAUUUCUUAUGAUGCCAUGAUGAACAAUAAUGACGACAUGAGGAGGAGAGAGUGUUUGAGACAUUUUGUUACUGUUUUGGCUGAUAGUGAUGAACCCUCUUUGUUGUGUAGUUAUAAUUUUAGUGGACUAGAAGAAGAGGCUGAAUCAGUACUGGAUAUGAUAGCUCAGUCCAGUCCAGCCAUCAGCUCCAUAUAUUAUGAUGUACUCUACUCCUAUCACUUGUCUAGGGACAGCUUUUGUAAAGCUGCUCAUAAGAUGUAUGAGAGAUGUGUUCGUGUGGCUAGUGAGAGUGAUGGAGUCCAUUCUCUUCAAAUUCAAAGGAAUUGCGUAGUUACUGUGAUAUCCCUUCUCUCUCUCGUGGAACCAAAGUACCAGUGGGUUCUUAAACCUUCUGAUGAUAAAAGUUCUUGUGGUGUUGUGAAACUGAAGGAAUUAAAGCAGCAACAUAAAUUGAUGACAUCCAAAUUAUUAUUAAUUAAACACAAGCCUAGUUUGGAGUCGCAUUUAUCAAGUAUUUAUGUGAGUGUUGUAGAAGUCUCAAAUUUAUUGCACAACUUUGGAUAUUUUGACGAGUCCCUCUCGCUUUGCUUGCUUCAUGAGAUGAGUUUAGUUCCUCUUUAUCAAGCACUAACGGCUAAAUGCAUCUCACUGGCUAAUUCAGUUUUCAUCAACCGAGACGAAGCCACUCCCUCUUGGCUGUGGCUUGAGUACAACGAAACCAGCACAUCAAAGUUGCAAUCACGGGGCUCAAGUGUUGUUGAUCAAGGCUGGAGUUUACUAAAACGUUAUGUUGAGAUGAUCGAAGACAAAAACCCAAUGGGUGGAGUAAGAGGUGUGGCUAUAGACAGUCCAUCCCAACUGCUUGGAUGUGUCAUUGAGAAAUUUCUACACUUGAACCACGACACACCACAAUGGCUGAUAUCAAAACUGAAAGCUGUUGAUGUUCGUAAGUUGGUGUUUAUUUUAAUGUCUUACAAUAAACUUGAGGAAGCCACCGAAGUGACUAUUGAUUACAUUGAUGCUGUCCUCGGCCAAGGAAAGGAAGCUUUCAAUAUUAAAGAUUGUUUGCAUGCUCUUGGCUCUCCCGUCUUCCUUCCUUACAACGUCAUUGAUCAGUUGUUGAAAUUAUUGGAAAAAUCUCAAGAAGCUGGAUCAGCUCAUUCAGCUCAAAUUGCUGAUUCACUCAAGCGUAAACUUGACGAUUAUGUUGCUACGUUGAAAAGUUUGGACGACAUGUAGUAGAGAUGAAACAAUUUGUUUUCACUGCAUUCAUUGACUGUUCGUGUUGAUUUCUGUAUAAUUGUGUAAUAAUAAUCAUAAAAAUAAUUAAUUUUGUUCUAAGCCA